GGACAAAACUCCUGUGUCAGUUCAGACGAGCCGCAGCGAGGAGAAGCAAAGUUUGCGACCCGUUAGUAAAUCGUGAGAGGACCACAAGAAAGGAAACUCACCACCAUCAUCUUCAUAUCUUGUCUUUUCUGGAUACUUUGUAGCGAAGAACGGAUUCCGACAUUUUUUUCUGUUCCUCUUCGGAAAUGAAGGACAUAUUCACUCCGGACUGAAAAGGCGCACUAUUUAUGACCCUUUUUUAUACCUGUUGUUUGCUAUUAUAAGCAGUUAGAGUCAGAGCUUUUUACAGUUUUUAACUUAGCUUUUGCGACCAACGCCGGAGUUUUGACGCCCGUACAAUGGCCGAUAACAAGCACCCGCACGUUAUCUUCUGUAACGACUCGCCCAAAAGAGUUCUGGUGUCUGUCAUCAAGACCACCCCGAUUAAACCCAGGAAAGCAGAGGCCCUGACGCCCACCAGCCCCGGGUUCAGCGACUUCAUGGUCUACCCGUGGAAGUGGGGGGAGAACGCCCACAAUGUGACUCUGAGCCCGGGCUCGGUGAGCGGGGCUUCAUCGCCUACCGGCACCCAGACGGCCAGGGAGGUGGACACGGAUCCUACACCAGACCAGAUCAGGGAUGGUAUCCGCAGAGGGCGUCCAAGGGCUGACACUGUCCGGGAGCUCAUAAGCGAGGGGGAGACUUCGUCCAGCCGUAUUCGCUGUAACAUCUGCAACCGGGUGUUUCCCAGAGAGAAGUCUCUUCAGGCUCAUAAGAGGACACACACAGGAGAGAGGCCCUAUCUGUGUGACUACCCAAAUUGUGGGAAGGCAUUUGUCCAGAGCGGUCAGCUGAAGACGCACCAGCGGCUGCACACCGGGGAAAAACCCUUUGUCUGCUCGGAGAAAGGAUGUGGCAAUCGGUUCACACAUGCCAACCGCCACUGCCCUAAGCACCCAUACUCCCGUCUGAAGAGAGAGGAACCAAAGGACGGCCUGGAGAAGGCCCAGUCUGUGGAUAACAAGGCUGUUGCAGAGUGGCUGGCAAAGUACUGGCAAACCCGUGAACAGCGUGCCCCUACAACCACCAAGGUGAAGCCACAGGGCAAGGCGAGAGAAGAGGACCAGGAGCAGCAGGAUCCCAUGGAGUUCCUCCAGUCCGAAGAAGAGGAAGAGGCCGCUGAGGAGGAGAAGGGCAACCAGGGAGGAGGAGCCGCCAAGCGCCGCCUCCAGGAGCAACGAGAGCGUCUCCACGGCGCUCUGGCACUCAUUGAGCUGGCCAACAACCUGUCUGCCUAAACACCCACCCACGUCCUGAUCCUGGACUCCCAUUCCCUGUCCCUCAUACCUCCAUCCGCCUUCCUGCAGUAUGUGCUGUAGCUAGAAAUUGUUCAAAAAUGCAGAUCAAUGACUAGUUUAGUUUAUCCUAUCAAGUUGUAAAACCAGACUUUGAGAAAGAGCUGAAUUGGCCUGAGAUCAGUAUUAUGCACAAGCAUCAUCUAUUUAACCCCUCACAGCACCAGGAAGGCACAAGCUAAAGCACCUUAUUCAGCUUCCAUUUUAUCCUUUUAGGCUGCUAUAAUUGUAGGUUUGACAAUAUGAAGAAUGUCUUUCUUUCUCCUGUCUUCUAAAGGCAAAGAAAGUUUGUUUUAAUUUGUUUUGUUUGCACUUUGAUGGUAACGAGUUUUUUUUUUUUUUUAAGUAUGUUGUGUUGAGUGUAACAGAGUGUGUAUGACUGAUGUAUAUAUGGUUUAAGCUCAGAUGGACAGAAUGAUACAGGGUGCGGUCAAACAUAGGAAAUGUUAAGUUGCGUUCCAACUGUCAGAUGGCCUCUCAUCAUGCUCCCAGGUUUCAUCUUCAGCAUUGUAAGCAUACUUUAACUGCCAGUGGUGGUAGAAAGGGACUGAGUGAGGAUUGGUUAAUCUUCACUUAUAGAGCACUCUCCAAGUUGUAUGCAUAGGUGGACAAAAAAAGGAGAAAAGUCAAGGGGGCUGGAUCUGUCUGGCGUGUAAUGGUAUGGUCAUUUUUUAUAUGCGAGUGAGGUGAUCAUUGCAAGCCUAAUCCAGAGGUCUGGUUAAGCACAAGACUAAAAAAAUCCAAACUUUGACAGCUUUUUUUUCCCAUUACCUACACAUUAUAUCCGCAUGACAUUACCAGAGGCGUGCAGGGAGUCCACCUCUAGCCCACUAUACUGCCUGCUGGAUUAAGUUACAAAAGUAUUACAACUAAUCUACAAUACUUGGUUCAAAGGUUCAGAGUACCUUUAAAAAUAUGUCAUAUUUCCAUUUUAACAGCCGGUUUUCUGUGUCUAAGACCUAAAGUUGUUUUCCAACCAGAUGGGACAUGUUUUUGUUUUUUUUCUACAAUGGAUAUCAGUCACCUUUUAUAUUAAAAGGUGGCAGACCAGUUAUGAUACGGGCAUAGCAUCAUGGAUGGUGUGUGGUGCUUCAUCUCACUUCAAAGGUUAAAUUAUGUGAUAUUUAUUUCACCAUAUUUUUUAUUAACAUUUUGUUCAGCUGUUGCCCUGGAAUCAUUUGAUGUCAAAUACUCUGGCAUCAAGAUUUAACAAACGUAAAAUCAAUUUAGAAUAUGCCAAAUACAUUUAAACAUCCCAUCAAUUUUGAUAAAGCACUUACACCCCCCCUAUUAAGUCUUGGAUUGAGCUUGCAAUGCACUGAAGAUUAAAUUUGUCAGACGUGUCCAGGAAAAUGGCACUUGUUUCUAAAACUGAUUUGUGUAGUGCUGGGUGUUUCUUUUCUUUAUUUCCUCUUUUUUUUAAUAACACUACAUCCUUGAACACUGUAUGAAGCCUCUCAUAACUGCCCUGUCUAGUUGUUUUGGUAAAAACCCGCACCAACAACCAGUCACUCUGUCACUCUAGCUGUGAUGUUUGAAUCUGUCCGAUUUACAAAUGACCCACGUGGAGUUGUGAAACUGGAAGGCAAGUGAAUUGUUGAUAAUCAAAACACCAAAUGAUUUAUUAUACCCAAUUAUAGUAUAUUUUUAAGCCUUUCUAACCCGUAGU